AUGGGCCUCGGCGUCCUGGAAGAUGAUCACCUGGAGCAUGUCCCCGGGACGGCGCUGCUGACCGACGUGCUCGGGGCCGACACGUCGGUCCUCCGCCACGACAAGGGCCGGAAUUCCGACGUGCUGCUCGUUCCCCAGCCGUCCAACAGCCCGAAUGACCCGCUCAACUGGCCGCUGUGGAAGAAGGAUGUGAUGCUGUUUCUGAUCUGUAUCGAUACGGCGGUGGUCGGGGCGUGGGGCCCCAUGAUAUCCCCUGGCUACGCCAUGAUGAGCGAGCAGUUCCACAUGUCGUACAACGCGCUCAACGGCGGGCUCGGCUGGGGCGUCUUCGUCAUCGGCGUGUCGUGCUUCUUCACCCAGUCGCUGGCCGUCAUCUGGGGGCGGCGGCCGAUUUUCCUGCUGGGCAACCUGCUGCUCUUCAUCAGCAGCGUGUGGGCGUACUUUGCGCAUUCGUACCGGUCGCUGCUUGCCUCGCGCUUGGUGGGCUGCGUGGGCAUGUCGCCGUUUGAAGUGCUGGUCACCUCGACAAUCGCCGAUCUCUAUUUCGUCCAUCAGCGCGGCGUGCGCCUGGCCGCCUGGGGUCUCUGCCUGUCCAUCGGCGUCGGCGGCGGGACCAUCAUCUCCGGCUACAUCAUCCAGGAUCUGGGCUGGAACUGGACGUACGGGAUCUGCGCCGUCAUCUACGGCGUCUGGAUCGUCGUCCUCUUCUUCUUCUGCCCGGAGACCGCCUAUCGUCGCGACGCAGUCCUCAACACGGACCUGGGGACGGAGGACAAGGCCGCGGAGCUGGCAGCAGUGAAACCGUCGGCCGACACGAUCGAGCGCGCCGAGACCAACGUCUCUGAAAUCGAGCCCAAGCACAGCUACUGGAACGACCUGCAGAUCUUCCACGGCCGUGUCUCGGACGACCCCUUCUGGAAGGUGCUGACCCGUCCGCUGAUGAUGCUGGUCUUCCCGCAGGUGAUCUUCUCCUUCUUCGCCUACGGACUGACCACGUCCUGGCUGGUCGUCGUGGGAAGUGUCCUGGCACAGAUCUUCACUGUCCCGCCGUACAACUUCAGCGUGUCCGGCGUCGGUCUCGUGGCGAUUGCGCCGCUGAUCGGGGCCAUCAUUGGGGCGUUCAUCUCUGGUCCGUCGGCCGACUUUGUCGCCAAAGCGAUGAGCCGCCGCAACAACGGCAUCUACGAGCCGGAAUUCCGGCUGGUGAUCAUCGUCGUCACGCUCGUGCUCGGGGGGAUGUCCUUCUUCGGCUUCGGCAUGUCCCUGCAGGCGGAAGAUCCCUGGAUCGGACCGGUCAUCUUCUACGGGCUGCAGUACUUCAGCGUCGGGUUCAUGUCCAUCGCCGUGUACGGGUAUCUGACCGACUGCCACCGCGACAAGGCGCCCGAGGCGUUUGCGGCCAUCAACCUGCGCAACAUCUAUUCGUUCGGGAUGAACUACUUCGUCUCGGCGUGGAUCUCGAGCCAGGGGCCCAAGGAUGUGUUUUGCAUCGUGGGCGGCGUGCACGUCUUUAUCUGUCUGACGGCGGUGCCCAUAGAAGUAUUCCAUGUCAGUCGUAACUGUCGAGGAAAAUUCCGACAGAAUGGGCCUGUCAGCAUGCUGUGUCACCAUAAGUCUUCCAUUCACUACAUGACUCGAUUGACAGCCAUGAAGCUGCCAUCUGGAUUCCACGAUCGAGCAGCGAUCGGGCUUAAAGCAGCGACGUUAUCCAGACAAAAAUCUCCAAGCUGCAUAUUGGCUCGAUCUGGCCAGCUCGUCAUGAGCAAGAUCAAAGCUGUCUGUGAGCACCUAUCCCAGGAGCUGCCGAACAAGGUCGUCCUUCCCUGCCACGACGAAUAUGCCGCCAUCCAGGCAUCCUACUUUUCCCUGCAGGAGCGGGAGAUAUCGCCUGCCUGCGUCGUGACGCCCAAGACGACCGCAGACGUGGUCACUACUGUCCAAGCACUGGUCGAGCACGAAAUCCCCUUCGCCGUGCGCGCAGGCGGCCACAACCUCAACGCCGGAGCGGCCAACAUCGAGGCUGGCGUCACCAUCGACCUGCGGGGUCUGAACCAGAUCAGCUUGAACGAGGACCUAUCCGUCGUGUCCGUCGGGGGCGGCGCCAGAUGGGGCGAGGUCUACUCCUCUCUCGAGCCGUUCGGGCUCGCUGUCGCAGGGAGCCGGGAUGAAGCUGUCGGCGUGGGGGGAUUGAUUCUAGGCGGCGGCAUGUCUUACUUCAGCGGCAGGAAAGGCCUGGUCUGCGACAACGUCGACAACUACGAGGUCGUGCUGGCCUCCGGCGAGGUGGUCAACGCCAACAGGGAGGAGAACCGCGACCUGUGGACGGCGCUGAAGGGCGGCGCUGGCAACUUCGGCAUCGUCACCCGGUUCGACCUGCGCGUCUGGCGCCAGGGCCUGUUCUACGGCGGCGUGGUGGUGUCCAGCCUCGCGACGGUGGAUGCGCAGCUGGAGGCGUUUGCAGGGCUCGCGGCGGACUUUGACAGGCAUGCGGCUAUCAUCCUGAGCGUCAGCUGGAACCAGGUCCAGCAGGCCUACGGGGUCUUUUGCAAUAUGAUGUACACUGCGGAGGGCGUCGAGGAUCCACCGGCCUUGCGGCCUUUCACGCAGGUGCAGCCGCAGUUCCUCAACACGAUGCGCGUUGCCUCGCUGAGGGAGUUUGCUAUCGAGACCAGCAAACAUGCUGUAAAAGAGGCGCGCAACCAAUUCGCGACGACAACCUUCAAAGUCAACCUUCCCCUGAUCCAGGAGGCGUACCGGCUCUGGCACCAGAGCGUGUCGAGCAUCACGACAAUCGAAGGCGCAAGCUGGGCGCUAGUCUUUCAGCCCAUCCCGGCGCCAUUCCUGGAAGCCGGAGGGGGAGAGCAAAGCAACACCCUCGGUCUACGUCCCUCAGACGGCCCACACGUACUGAUAAUGCUAGCAUAUAGCUGGAAAAAGAAAGCCGACGACUCGACGAUGACAGCGGCAGCGCAGAAGCUCAUCCACGACAUCGACGCCGCGUCGCAGCGGGCCGGCCUGUUCAGCCCGUUCAGGUAUCUGAAUUAUGCGGCUGGGUGGCAGGAUCCCAUCGCUGGGUAUGGCGAGGAGAGUGUUCGGCAGCUGAAAGCUGUCAGUCGGAAGUAUGAUCCCAGGGGAGUGUUUCAGAGACAGUGUCCGGGUGGGUUUAAGGUCUUUAAAUCGGGAGAGUGA